AUCUACCUUCAUCAACUCUGUUGACAGCGUUUUACAAGGCAGAGUUGCUAGUCGAGCUCCAACAGAUCAACACCUUACAGCAGAGUCAUUCACCAAAAAGUACAAAACAUAUAAAUUCUCCAAAGGCAAUGAAGGUUAUUACUCAUUUGUUUUCAAUGACAUCAUGGGCAUCGAAAGGACCAAAGGCGUUCAUGUGGAAGACGUUAAACUUGCCCUAAGAGGACAUGUGAAAGAUGUUUACGAGUUCGAUCCUGAAAACAAGCUGGAAGAGGGAGAUCUAAAAUACAACGCUGCUCCUGAACUGAGUGACAGAGUUCAUGUUCUGGUCACUGUUGUUCCUGCUGGCUCAGUGUCUUUACUAACUCAGGACAUGAUCGCAAAGCUGAGAGAUAUCAGACUGGCAGCCACUGCGUUGGAAAUUCCCCAGCUGGCUAUUCUUACUAAAGUUGAUGACACCUGUCCCAAGGCACAAAGGAAUGUGAACAACAUCUACAAGAGUGACUACCUGAAGGAACAGGUCUACAAAUUUGGCCAGUUUCUGGGCCUCCCGGUGAACAGCAUCUUUCUUGUGAAGAACUACAGUUCAGAAAUCAAUACAAAUGAUGCCACUGAUGCUCACAUCCUGUGUGCACUGAAACAGAUGAUUGUCUUUGGAGAAGACUAUCUCAGCCACUUGAAUGACUGAGACAUGAGAAAAUGAAACAUUUCAUUUAAGCAUCAGACUGAAUACCUACUGUAGAUAUUCAGUCGCACGUUUUAUACCUAGACUGUCCGUUAGUUUUCACAGUCUGCAUUUUUGCCAGCUUUCUUUCCUGGCUUCAAAUAGGAUAAAGUUCAUUAAUAUGUAGCAACUAUUUUCCUAUCUCACUCACUUAAUGCACACAGUUUUAAUACUGCAUUAGUCUACAGUGCCUUUCCUCUCAUACACAUCACACCACUGCUUUUAUGCAAAAACUGUUUUGUUUUCAGUCUGUAUUGUGUGUUUGACCUCUUCAUGUUUUUUCCCAUAGCACAUACAAGUCACCGGUGUCUUCUGCUUGAUUUUACUUCCUCCCCAGUGUGAUUGUCUUGUUUUUAUCUGUGUCUGUUUUGCCCCUACGGUUUCCACUUCUUUUGUAUUUUUUUUACUAACUUAAAA